CUUGUCAGGUUCAUUCGCGCACAGGCUGCGCACUGGGGCAUAGGUAACUGCUAAAUAGUUAUUGGAAUGGAUCUGAAUGACUGAGUUGACAAAUAUGCCACCAUUUUAGUUUUUUAGAUUUGAAAUGUAAUAUAUUAUUAUGUGGCUAUUUCCAUUACAUCAGGAGCUAUGGAUCGACUUGGUGAAUGGAGUUUCAAACCGAAGAAGAUGAAAGUGGAAUUGGAGGAUGGUUUUUAUUUUGAUUAUGAUGCGGGAGAAAUAUCUGAUUAUCAAGACCCCAAUCAACUUUUAGCUGCUUUGAAACAAAAGGAGGAAGAAAUCAUUUUGGCGGCCCAGCUGGGAAAUGCAUUGCUUUUAGAAAAUCGUCAGUUCAAAGAACAGAGCGACAAACUAAAUGAACAGUAUGCAUACAAACUUGAGGAGUUGGAGCAGAGCAGGCAUGAUCUGCGGUUGAAGCUGGAGGGUUGCCAGUCUGGGUGGGUGAGCCAGGUUGGGGACCUGGAGAGAGACAUGAGGGAUCUGAGUGGCCAGGUGGCCAGGCUGACCCAGGCCCUGACCGACGCAGAGAGGGACAAGACCAGGGCCCAGGAGGAAGACGCAGAACACACCCAGCGCCUCAGAGAACAGCUCAGCACCGCGAUGGAGGUGGAGAGGGCAAUGACCAGUCAACUGCAGACCAUGAAACUGGAGCUCCGUCAGAGAGGCCACCAUAACAGACCACAGGAUGAGGAGCUGCUCAGUGCCAUGAAUGAGCAGGUGGUGCGUCUGUCCCAGAGGGGUCAGGCUCUAGAGGAGCAGCUGGAGAGUGUGUGUCAGGAGAACGCAGACCUACGGGACAGACUGGCCUCCCUACACACACGCUCCGCUCUACAGGACCAACACAACCAGCAGCAGAGCCAACAGCUGACGGAGGCAUGGCAGGAGGCUGCGGCUGCGAGGGGGCGUUCCCAGCAGCUUCAGGUCCAGGUGGAGGAGCUGCAGGAGGAGGUCUCUCUGCAGUACAGGAGUAGCCAUGGAAACACAUCCCUACUGUCUGAGCUGGAGACCAGUCUGGACACCAUGGGCUUGGGCCAUGACAGAGAACAGAUGACCCAGGAGGUUCUGUCCAUCCUGGAGCUCCUGCGACCCCUGACCCGGGUAGUGAAGACUCCAGAGAGGUCAGAGUUUAUAGGUCAGGAGGAAGGAGAUCUGCAGGCCAUGCUCCUACAGUUAAAGGGUUUAGCUCAGAAACUGGCCAACCACACCCACAUCCCACAGCUCCAGGAAGAGAAUGCUGAGCUGAGGCUGAGGCUCGGAAACAGACAGGAUGAAGAAGAGGUGGCCCAACAAGCCAUCAGAGAUAGAGAUGAAGCCAUAGCUAAGAAGAACCUGAUGGAGGCGGAGCUGGUGAGGAGUAAGAAUGACAUGAUGUGUCUGAACAACCAGUUGCUGGAGGCUAUACAACGCAAGUUGGAGCUGUCUCAGGAGCUAGAGGCCUGGCAGGACGAUAUCCAGAUCAUCAUCAACCAGCAGCUGAGGACCCAGCAGCAGUUGGAGCAGGUCGAGAAGAAGCCUGCCUCUAACCCCAUGUCCUUCUGGAGGAGACCCAGCACAGCUUCCUCAACCAGGCCCCGCCGGCCCUCCUCCUCCCCCGCUUCCUGGACCUCAGAAGCUGGGCAAGAGAAGCCCCAGUCUCCCUGGAGAAACUGGCUUCGACGGGGCAAGGCGACACAGCCAGGCAAAUAGUAUGCUGGAAUGUCUGUUGCUUCACCUUGGAGGACUGGCACAUAGCACAGAAAUGUCUUGACCAGCUGGCCAUUGAAGAAGGCGAGUUGAGUCAUCACCUCAAGAACAAGCUGGUGGAACACUACUGAGUGGAACUAUCAGUCUUGGUAGAUAGAGUACCAAGCAAAACAGGAUAGGCUGAACACUCAGUAAUGUUAUAUAGUAGACUUCAGUAGAGUAUUAGAAUUCAAGACCAUGGUGUGUUGGAAACAAGGACCAGAUAAGAGCCCUAAUGGACAAAGAGUUAUCAGUAAGUAGACAGUAGUUUCCCCACUGUCACUGAAAAUAACCUAAGAACAUUCAAAGCAUGUUAGAGCAGGUUAAAAAGCCUCUAGCAUGGUAAAUGCUAGAAUGGCCAGGGAGUCACACACUAGGAUAGUAAUUGCUAGCAUAGCCAGGGAGUCACACACUAGGAUAGUAAUUGCUAGCAUGGCCAGGGAGUCACACACUAGGAUAGUAAUUGUUAGCAUAGCCAGGGAGUCACACACUAGGAUAGUAAUUGUUAGCAUAGCCAGGGAGUCACACACUAGGAUAGUAAUUGCUAGCAUGACCAGGGAGUCACACACUAGGAUAGUAACUGCUAGCAUGGCUAGGGAGUCACACACUAGGAUAGUAAUUGCUAGCAUGGCCAGGGAGUCACACACUAGGAUAGUAAUUGCUAGCAUGGCCAUGGAGUCACACACUAGGAUAGUAAUUGCUAGCAUGACCAGGGAGUCACACACUAGGAUAGUAACUGCUAGCAUGGCCAGGGAGUCACACACUAGGAUAGUAAUUGCUAGCAUGGCCAGGGAGUCACACACUAGGAUAGUAACUGCUAGCAUGACCAGGGAGUCACACACUAGGAUAGUAACUGCUAGCAUGGCCAGGGAGUCACACACUAGGAUAGUAACUGCUAGCAUGGCCAGGGAGUCACACACUAGGAUAGUAACUGCUAGCAUGGCCAGGGAGUCACACACUAGGAUAGUAACUGCUAGCAUGGCCAGGGAGUCACACACUAGGAUGGUGAGUUACGACAACGAAAGAUGUUUAGAAGUUGUGCCCGUCUUCUGCCUUAUAAUGAAGUCAUUGAUGCCCGAGAUUGUAAAUGUAUGUGUGAAUGUCAAUGUUUGAAAGAAUACUGACAGUAUUUGCUCAGACUAAUUAUUUCAUCCAAGCAAGUUGAUAGAGUGACUGGACUCCAAUCAUAACACAUAAUGAAUGUUGUAAAUAUUUAGGCUUUUAGAAACGCAGAGGAUCCAGAUCUAAGUGAUAUUCCACUUAAAUGUAAAUGUAAAUGUAAUACGAUUAAAUGUUGCCUGCUGUCGAUGCAAAAUGUUUGCCAUUAUGUAUUCAUAGAAAACAGGCCUUAGUAGAACAUAACCAAAUACAAAAUUGGUGCUCAUAAAUAAACCAAUCAUCUACAGAAUGUCAUGAAAUGUUGUGGGAACUAGAUACAUUAUGAACUAUGUCCAAAAUGCAUUUCUUGCAUUGCAUUCUUACCUUAUGUGCCUUAGUUUUUGCCACACUACUGAAGGGGACAUUUUGGGGGAAGGGUGCAAUAUAGAUCAAUAUAGAUCAACGAUAUAGAUCAACUCUGACUAGGAUGGUCAGGUCAUAUAAGGUAUUUUGAUGAAAGUACCAGAAUAAUCUAAUGGACCGAAUGCAUGCAAUAUGCUGUCAAUACAUGAUGUAAGUUGGUCCUGUUGUACAUCAACAUUUGCUAAUUGUUUAUUUUCAUUUAUGUUUUUAUUGACAGAAUCAGAAUGUCCUCCGAUUAUUUGAUUUAGUAAAAAACACAGGACAAUGUUGAUUGAAUGACUGAAACGUCUAGAUUCAUAUGACUUAUUGUUGUAAUAUAUGAAUGUUAUCAAAGUCCAUGCAUGUUGUUGUGUAUCAUGAUGUAUGUAGAUGGUGUUUAAGUAAAUAGUAAGUGACUUGCCUAGUUAAAUAAAAAAUCUAUACUUAAAUGAUUUAUUUUUAUUAGUGAACACAGAAUGUCCUUUACACUGAAAAUAAAGUCAUGUUUCAUACAGUA